AUGUUCUUGUCGACCCUUUUGCCGGCUCGUUUUUCUCUUUCGGCAAGGUUCUUUUCCACUUGUCCUAAAUUUAAAACCAUCAAGCUUACUGAUAAACCUCCGUUUCCUCUUUUGAAACACAGUGCUACUGUUUUUUCAAAUUUUGGCCUUCAUAACAUUCUUCUUGACGGCAGGUUACUUCUGACACCUUUUGGAAACACUUUAUCCACCAGUAGCUUGUCUCUUGCUACCUUGAUUAGGGAUGAAUUUGCUGCUAAGGCUAACCAACUAACUCGUUUUACUGACUUUCCUUACACCUUGCUACUUUCUAAUUCCCUUGAUCUCACCAAUUCUGAUAUGUUUCGCCAUAUCAGGAGCUUAAAGGAAUCUAUUAGCACUGACACUGUUCUUUUCUUUGAGAAGGCCGAUUUGACUAGCCAGACUGCUUCAUCCAUUCCUGAUUUAGAUCAUCUUUCUGAUGCUAAACUUGAUUCUCUCAGGGAUUUUGACCUCAAUUUGAUCCAAAAUGUUUUUUUCAACCCUGUUUUAGAGCUUUUUUCCAGUUCUUUCAGUGUUUCUCAAUUGGUUACUAGUGAUAACAUUUCCAAAACUCCUCAACAGUGUCCUGACACUAUUUCUUUUAUUAACUCCUUUUUGGACUCUCUCAACCCCUUUCAGCUUGUUUCCGCUCUCAGCGCUCACCACAACUUAAAAUCGAUCAUUUUAACUAUUCUUUUUCUCAAGGAGCUAAUUUCUUCUCACAGGGCCUUGAGGGUCAGUCGCAUUGAGGAGACUGUUCAAAGUUCCCAUUGGGGUGUCACUGACACUUUUGAGCUUGAGGAGGCCACUAUGCUUUCGCAGCUUGACAGGUGCUUAAACUUUUACAAACUCAACUCUUAA